AUGUCUCUAUUUGGCGAUUCUCCUCCAGGCCGUUCUCGCUCUUCGCUCUUCGCGGACGAGGAAUUCGAGUCCGCACCCGGCUCGCUGUUCGACUCCGGUGCUGAUGCCUGGCACUCGGCUGGGCUUCCCGCUGCCCGGCGCGGUGCUCCUCCUGCGGACAUUUCAAAGACGCUGCUCACAAAGGAGAAUGCGAAUAUUCCCGAGAGAUACGAUUUCCUCUACGAGUCGUUUUUGGAUCAAUUUAGAAAUCUCGAUGGGGGUGGGGUUAGCUUGGCUGGUGUUAAGCAGGUGCUCAAGGAAGCUGACGCCGAUGGGUAUGGCAUCGAGGACAAAAUUUUGGGCAUUUUGAUGAAGGGCGGGAAGCGGGGUAUCGGUCGUGAGGAGUUUUACGUUUUGUUGGCGUUGGUUGGAUUGGAGCAGCAGGGUGAAGAGGUCACUAUCGAUGGGGUGGACGACUUGAGGAGGAGUGAGUUAUUAUCCCUUGUAGGCCGGUGGUGGUGGUAGCGAGGGAAGAAUAGAGUGCCAUGUUGACAUGUGCACUUAGAUUUGCCCGUACCAGACUUGGCCAAGUCUCGCCGUCCCCACCCCUCAAAGGCCAUCGAGACCCCAACCACUUCUAUUGCGUCCUCGAUCAACCAGUCCGCUCCUCCCCCCCCCCCACACCACUCACAAUCGGCCCAGGAUCUCCCCACCUCAAGCACGCCCGUUAAGGUUGUCCAUCGCCAACAAUCCACUCCUAUAAGCACUGCUCCAACCCGCCCGAGAAACGCGGCUGGCAUAUUUGGCGCUGAAUCGGAUCCGUGGGGGGGCCCUGAGAUGCACGAGAACCACGACCACGCCAACCAACAGGAUAAUCGAGUAGCUAUUAUGGAUAACGGUGGAAACAACCACCAGCCGACCCCUCCUGCCGAGAGAAAUACUUUUGAAUAUACACCAUCUGCAUCUACGCUUGGAAUGCCGCCUACGGAUCCUUCGCUUGAUAGGAAUCACUCCGCUUAUUCUCACGCUCCCCAGACCAUACAGCGCAUUGGUGGCGAGGAUCAUGAACCCGAUGAUAUCCAUUCUGCCCUUAGACAGAGCGAUACAAGCCGGACAUCCGCUUCAUCAUGGGGGGUUUACGAUGGUCCUCAGAGGCAGGGCUCGUUUGGCGGGAGCACAUAUAACCAAUCUGCUGUUUUCGGGGAGCCGAAUCCUGGAACGGGACAGAGGCAUGGCUCGUUCGGUGGCCUGGGUGGGAAUAGUCUGAAUGGUUCUGUGCCUACUAUCACCGGGUCUGAUGGUGGUGGGCUGGGCAGGAUGAGGGUCCCGAGGGGCCCGGAGGAGGUCGUAACUGUGACUGUGCUGCCAGAGAUGGAGGGGAUGUUUAUGUUCCAGCAUCGUAAUUACCAAAUCGCAAGUGCGAGGAGACAGAGUAGGGUCGUUAGGCGAUAUAGUGACUUUGUUUGGUAACUCGCCAUUUACGGUUUUCUGGGAGAUUGUCUAAUGCCCACGCAGGUUAUUGGAUUGCCUUCAUAAACGAUUCCCGUUUCGGCAGCUACCUCUAUUGCCCCCUAAGCGAUUGGCUGGUAAGUUCCAAUUCUCUCUAGAUUUUGUUUGUGGAUCUGUCUGUGGUUUCAAGUCGAAGCGGAAAUAACCUUAUUCACCGGAUCACGUAGUUAAUGGGCACUAUCUCUCAGCCGAUGCGGCGUUUCUGGAGCGCCGCAGGAGAGGACUAUCCAGAUUUGCCAAUGCACUUGUCCGUCACCCGGUGCUGUCACAGGAGCAACUUGUGAUUAUGUUUUUGACGGUUCCCACGGUAUGUACCCUUACAGUCACCACCAAUGUCGCUUGCUAUGGUGAUUGGCGAAAAAUCAUUAGCGUGCUAAAGAAAUAAGCAACAGGAGCUGUCCGUUUGGCGGAAGCAGGCGAACCUUUCGGUCCAGGAGGAGUUUUCUGGAAAGGCCCUUCCUCCUGGACUCGAGGAGCGUCUGCCACAAACUCUUGAGAACACGUUCGAUAUGGUUCGCAGUGGGCUGCGCAAGUCCUCCGAGAUUUAUAUCCAGCUGUGCAAUCUCGUCGAACGUCUUGAGAAACGCCAAGAGGGCGUUGCGGCGGAUUACAUGAGGCUCUCUGGCGCCCUUCGCUCUCUGACCGAUGUUUCCGAAGCUACUUAUGCCGUCGACACGAGCGAAAUCCCGCUGCUUAACGACGGACUGACAGCGGUUGCCAAACACCUUUCACAAUCACAAUCCCUGAUCGAAGACGAGACAAAGGCCUGGGACCAAGGCGUCCUCGAGGACCUCAAGCGUCAACGUGACUGCCUCGUUAGCAUGCGUGAACUCUUCGAACGCAAGGACCGCUACGCAGUAAACAACAUCCCGCAGCUCGAGCGGAGAAUCAAGCAGAAUGAGGCUAAGCUCGAAACUAUCCGCCACCGUGUGGAACCUGCAAGGCCCGGAGAAGAGGAGAGGGUGCAGGAGAGUAUUAGUAGAGACAAGAAGAGCAUCGUGGACCAGCAUGCUAGAGGAGUCCUAAUCAAGGAAUGCAUCAGGGAUGAAUUGAUUUAUUUCCAGAACAGCCAGUAUCAUGUUGCUAGGUUUGUUCCCUUCUCCUUCCCACCUCCUUUUUAGUCACGGAGAGCAUAGCUGAUAAUGAUCGCAACAGAUUGCACCAAGACUGGAGCCAAGAGCGUGUGAAGUACUCUGAACUACAUGCGGAUAACUGGAGGUCACUCUGUAAUGAAGUUGAGGGGAUGCCACUGGGGGAAUAGCCUUGCGUUAGCCCUUUAAUUUGUUUCCAUAAUAUUUCCCUUUGUUCUUUCCUUUUUUUGAUCCUCUUUCCCCUUGCACCUUUUUCCUAUUUCACAUUCGCUUGCAUGUUCACGAUGUUCCUGCACCCUAAUGUUCUGAUGCGGUUUGUCUAGCCAGUACGAGACCACUAAAAGUUGAAGCGGAGGUUACAAUGUGAUAAUACUAAUGUCGUUAUGGCGUGAUAUCCCUUGCUGGUCCGUGGGUUCCGAUUUAUCGUCCGCCAGCGAUGCGUAAGGAACGAUUCACGUAUCGUAUGAUAGCGGUAUUGGCGUGUUGUAAAGUGAGUUAGGCUACCGGUAUGCGGCUCUGUGCGGCUCUGCGGGUUAGGGUUGGUGCUCCCGCAGAUGCCACCGGGCAUCAUACCGACACGGCAGGAGGCGGUGCUUUUUGGUGGCACCUACCGGUAUUAAGGGUGUCAUAGCUGGGUUCCUGCUGUGAUUGAGUCUUGACGUCCGAUGAUGGGAUGGGGACUGAAGACUGGAGUUGAGGCUCCGGCGCGGUGUUGCGGGAGUACUGUAAGAGUAGACUCCAUGCAGGCUUAUGUUACCCUACCAUACAAUUGUCUUGCAUGAUAAUUAUGAUAAGUUGUAUGUGCGGCUUGUGUUUUUAGGGUUUGUGUCAUACCAGCAGGCCCUGAGUGACAGGAGUAUGGUGCAAAGCGUCUAUAGCCUGUACCAUGUGGAUGUACCCAUGUAAUGCCUGUAUAUUUAGUAAGGGCAAAGGGUUCUAAAUCUGGUUAAUGGAUUUUGAAGGGAGAGAAUUCAACUUCAGUUCUGAUUGUGGGUUUUUUGUAAUUAUUUUCAACUUAAUGUUGGAUAUAUA